UCCUACAUAAGCGUCAUAAGCGCAAACCUGACAGUAGCUGUCACACGUUCUUUAAUGGCUUGUGUAUAGACGAUACCUACGUUUAUACAACUACGUGAUUAAUUAUUUCUGAAACCAUUAGUAUUAAUACUGUUUAUUAUUACUGCACCAUUGGUGCCACAGUGAAUAUUUGUUGUGCUCAGUGAACAUUGUUUAAUAAUUUUUUUCUAAACUAUAAAGUGUUAAUAAUGGAUUUCUUAGCUCCUGCAACCGUAAACAUUGGUGAUAUAUGCGAGGAAACUAUUGACAAGUUAACGAUUGAUGAUGUGCCGCCAAUGUUGGACACCACUACGCCGUCUUCCAGCCAUACAACAACAGUGUUGGACAGUUUCACCGGUAUUCGCUACAAAAUACCUUUCACCAAGAACAUACAAUAUCAAUACAGAUCAUCGAAAACCACUCCGGAAGAUGACCUGGAAGAGAUAAAACAUCAACGACAGCUGUACGUGCGUAAAAAUUUAAAUUCCGACCAAGCGGCCGUUUUCGAUUGCGUCAAAGAAAAUCCCAACAAAAUCAUAGUUGUACAAGGCGAUCCGGGCACUGGAAAAACGUUCACCAUGCUGACGUUAGCCAAUCAUAUGUUCGAUACGUCGAUACCUCCAAAUGUCGUUAUAUACAAACGCGAUCUUGUGCACAUGUAUAGAUUUUCGGCCAACGGUUACACUGUCGCACAGUUCAUAAUGCGCGUGUUCCGAUUAAGUAUGGUGGAUUAUGAAAGGCUCGAACAAGAAUUGAGCAUGCCCAUGAGUGUCGAACAUUUCUUAAACGCUAUAGUAAAUUUAAUACGAUGUCUGAUUGUAGACCCGGGCGAGGACGAUUUCAGACAUCCGUUGCUCAUACUGGACGAGUACACUGUCAUCUCAAAACCGUUUCUAUUGAUAAUAAUGAUUACUUUGUAUAGAUACCGUAUCGGAGCUGUGAUCUGUGGGAACAAAAAUCAAAUAGAAAACAUACAUAAUUCAACGCAUGCAGGACAGUGUUCGGCGUACGAUAUCGUCUCGGCUUUUUCCACCAUAACUUUCAAUCUUUCACGGAACGAUCGGUGUUCAGACACGUCUUACAACGAAAAAGUAAAUUUUAUUGGUACACUUUCUAACGACAACGUUCUCGACGCUUGGGGUUACGCUCUUGUGAGUGCGAUGUUCUACCAAAAUAUAAUAAAAUCUCUAGAACUAUCGGACACUAUUAUCGCGAAAUAUCCCAGUGAUCUCACUGAACAACUGAAUUUGUUGGUGACGGAGAAAAUUGUACCAACGUCCUAUUGGUAUAUUAUCAAAAACAGUGUAAACUAAUUGCACAUGCGUAAUUCAGAAUAUUGUUUACCAUACCCAACGGUGCAGUAUUACAAAGCCUUAACUGCUAUUGCGAAUGGCAAUACUGGUGUGUCAGAAGAAUAUAAAAAAUGGUAUCCCGGAAAAUACUUGACUUUUUUACCAUUAAUUAUCGGAAACGCUUAUUUCUUACAUAAAUUUAGUGAACGUACGUUGUGCACUCUAAAAACCCUUGAAUUAUCAACAGACGGUCAAAUCCAAUGCGUCAUAGUAGAGAUUUCUAAGACCAAAGAAUUAAAAAGAAUCCUAAGAUGUAUAUGUACUGAGGCGGUGUUUGAAAAACAUGCAAUGUACUUGUUGAAGACCGGAUUCGAGAUUUGUGGUGAUUUAUUCAAUUUUCCACUGUAUCCGGCUUUCAGUAUGUCGAUAUACAUGAGCCAGGGGCGGACAAUACCGUACAGAGUUUCUUUCAUAUUUACCAAGUCCACGUACCGGGAUUUAUACGUAGCCAUUUCUCGAGUGACGUCCUCGGAGAACAUCAACAGAGUAGCCAUACCACAACCCAUACAAUAUCUCGUGUCUACAGUGCUGAAUUUUGAUGUUACUGAUUUGAAACCGUUGACUUUAGAUAAAAUAAAAGAAAAAAUGAUAAAUGGUAACUAUACGUUUUACGAUGUACCUCCUCAAACUCAGGAUGUUUUGCACACGUCUAUACAUUCGCUGACCCUAGACACGGUCAAUGAACGUUUAGCGGCACGGGAACAAUUAAAACAUUUAGUACAUACGAAAAAGAUACCAACAACCAUACUAAAACAAAAAAUAAACAAAACCGAUGAUUCCACAUUAUCGUUUCUAUUGAAAAUUAAAAAUACUGUAACAAGUUUAGCAACACUCAGCCCACUGGAAAGCUGUGUAUGGAUUCAUGAAUUUUUACGUGAACCCAACUUUCCGGAAUCCAUGCACAGCAGAGAAAAUUCCAUUUUCUCAAAACAUCUUACAUUCUUGAAUACUGUAUGUAAUCUGGAGUCCGUGUCUAAUACCUUUGAACGGGACGAAGACUUUGAAAGUUUUAUGCAAAAAACAUCAGAAUAAAUAAACCCGUUACAUUUAAAAACAGAACAAGGCUUGCAAGAAGAAUGGGUACAAUUGAACAAAGACUUUAAAAACGAAUACAGUGUUAAAUGUGCACAAGACGUGUUCAUAUAUCAAUUGGCACGUCGAGAUCGAAAUACGAAAGACAUCAUAUAUACGUUGUUGAAAGAAAGGUUGAAGACCAUAAACGAUAACAUGAAAAAA